UUUGUAUGUUUACAGUGAGAAUUGUAUGGCAGGAAUUUUCUAACAUCAAAUAUUUAAACAUAAUUUGCAUCGAUACAGAAGUCCCAAUGGAGACAGAGAUCCUGUGACACAGCCAUCAUCAUGCAGUUUAUAAGUCACAGAUUUCCAGAGGAUCAUGACCCCACUAUCGAGGAUGCCUAUAAAACACAGAUCCGCAUAGACGAUGAGCCAGCAAACCUGGACAUCUUGGACACAGCAGGACAGGCGGAGUUCACAGCCAUGCGUGAUCAGUACAUGCGAGCGGGUGAAGGUUUCAUCAUCUCAUACUCCAUCACGGACCGCCGCAGUUUCCAGGAGGCUCGCCACUUCAAGCAGCUGAUCUACCGCGUGCGGCGCACCGUAGACACCCCCGUCGUGCUGGUGGGAAACAAGUCUGACCUGGCCCAUCUCAGACAGGUGUCUGUGGAGGAGGGCAAACAGCUGGCGAGGGAGUUCCAGUGCCCAUUUUUUGAGACCUCCGCGGCGUUCCGCUAUUACAUCGACGAGGUGUUUGCUGCACUGGUGCGUCAGAUCCGCCAGCACGAGGCCGAGAUGGUGCGGGGCGGCGAGAGGAAAACCCGGCGCAGCCAUUCCUUCUGGAGCCGCCUUAAAGCCCCCUUCCAUAAGAAACAGCAGUCCGAGCACUGAGAGAGGCACACAGAGAAGAAGAAGGGCAUGAUGGGAUCUCUCACCUGCAGCUGUAUUAGUCCCAUCUCCCUCAGAUGGUUUGAGAACUGUAUUUAUAGUUUCUAUCUGAUUGUCUCCCAAUCAUUUCAGUUAGACUAAACCCUCACUGUGCAGGACACACUCACUGUCAUCAUUUGGGACGUGGGCUGAUUUACUGAAGUUAGAGAUUCAGAAAGAAAUGUUAAACUUGACAGUAGUUAUUAUUUUUGGACUGAAUUAGACUUUGUGAAGGUGAAUGUCCGGGGGAAAGUUGUACCUCAUAUUUUAACGGAUGGGAAUGCAGAAGGAUUUGCUAGUUGGAAUAAAAUGAAGGUCGAAUGAGUUCCAGAGAGCAUGUGGUGCAGAGGAGAAAGAAGGAAAAGAAAGCGAGGGGUUGCAGGAUGGGUAAAUAGGCAAGGGUUUAUGGUAGAAAUAUUAAUCUGUCGGUAUAAUAAGUACUGUGAACCAUU